AUGGCGCCAUGUGCAACAGCUCGACCAGUUGCUUGCUUCACCGCAGCAGCAGCAGCAGCUGGUAGCCAUGAACAGCCAUUGUCAGUUCCAAGCAACCCAUCCCAUGCAGCAGUAUAUACCAUACACACACAAGAAAAGAGGAGAGAAGAGAAGAGACGAGAAGCGCAUAGAGAGUUUUCUUCUCCUCCCCCUUGCUCUUUGUGGGGCGCCGCCGCAUUUCAACUGCAUCCAUCGAUCGGUAAGGACAACCUGAGUAGCAUGCAAGGCAGGACAGCAGCCCCUGCGGCCAGCAACAACCCCCCAGCUCGCUCUCAUCAAAGCCAUCCCGAUGCCGCUGCUUCGUGGACAAAUUCUGCCGGGGAGCUCACGCUACCCAACGGCGACCUCUACUCCGGCACGCUGUCGGGAGGGGUGCCGGAGGGCACGGGGCGGUACGUAUGGUCAGGCAGCGGCUGCGUGUACGAGGGCGGGUGGAGGCGCGGGAUGAGGCAUGGCAACGGAAGGACGGAGUGGCCGUCGGGGGCCGUCUACGAAGGCGAAUACUCCGGCGGCUUCAUGGACGGCGAAGGAACGUACACCAACGGCUCCCCGUCCUCGUCUUACAAGGGGCAGUGGAAGCUGGACCGCAAGCACGGGCUCGGGCUCCAGGCGCACGCCAAUGGCGACGUGUACCAGGGCUCCUGGGUCCAGGGCCAGAUGGAAGGCCAGGGCAGGUACACGUGGGAGAACGGCAACAGCUACGUCGGCACCAUGAGGAACGGCCUCAUGUCCGGCAAAGGGGUCCUCACGUGGAGCACCGGGGACUCGUUCCAGGGGAACUGGGUCGCCGGCGUGGCGCACGGCUACGGGCUGUACACCUGGGAGGGCGGCGGGUGCUACCUCGGGACCUGGUCCAGGGGGCUCAAGGACGGUAAGGGCACCUUCUACCCCGAACGCCGCAGGGUUCCCGCCGCUCGCCUCGACGACCUGAGGAAGAGGUGCGUGCUGCCUGACGUCUCCUUUGGCACCGGCGCGGACCCGGAGCCCGCGGCGGCGGAUGGGAGUUUGUCCAGGAGGAACUCGGGCCUCGGGCGGCCUGCGAUGAAGAAGAGGCCCUCUCUGCAGAGACGCCGGAGUAUCGGCGCGGCCAUCGGAGUGGCCGUCGGGGUGGUCACCGGAGGUCCUGCGGGUCCUGAGAAAACGCUGAAAUGUGAAGACACGGCUGGUUCUAGCUCUCAGAUACUCGAGAGGGAGUACGCGCAGGGCGUUCUGAUCAGCGAGGUCGUGCUGGAUAAGAGCCUCCCGGAUUCGCCGUCGUCCAAGAAACCGAGACUUCGACGGAGCAGGAAGGUGAAGGAUGCCAAAAGGCCUGGAGAGACGAUAAUUAAAGGGCACAGGAGCUACGAUCUGAUGCUCUGUCUGCAGCUUGGAAUCAGGUACACAGUUGGGAGGAUUACGCCGAUUCAGGAGCGUGAAGUGCGAGCUUCUGAUUUUGGCCCCAAAGCAAAUUUCUGGAUGAACUUCCCCAAAAACGGAUCACCGCUUACUCCUUCACAUCGUGCUCUAGAUUUCAAGUGGAAGGACUACUGCCCAAUGGUUUUCAGAAAUUUGAGGGAGAUGUUCAAGAUUGAUACAGCAGAUUACAUGAUUUCCAUUAGUGGAAGUGAUGCACUUAGGGAGCUAUCUUCUCCUGGAAAGAGUGGGAGUAUCUUUUUCUUAUCGCAAGAUGACCAGUUUAUGAUCAAGACUCUUCGGAAAUCAGAAGUGCAGGUUCUUCUGCGUAUGCUUCCGUACUAUUAUCGUCAUGUCCAUGCUUAUGAGAACACACUUGUAACUAAAUUUUUUGGCCUCCACAGGGUGAGACCUUCCAGCGGCCAAAAGUUUCGAUUUGUAGUGAUGGGCAACAUGUUUUGCACAGAACUUAGAAUUCAUCGAAGAUUUGACUUGAAAGGUUCGUCUUUGGGCCGUUCUACGGAGAAAAUUAAAAUCGACGAGAACACGACACUGAAAGACUUGGAUCUGAACUAUUCAUUUUAUCUUGAGCCUUCUUGGCGGGAUGCUUUGCUAAAGCAGAUCGAAAUCGACAGCGAAUUUCUAAGGAAUCACAGUAUAAUGGAUUACAGCUUGCUUCUUGGUUUCCAUUACCGGGCACGUCAAAACCUACAAAUAGGAUCAUCAUGUCCUGAAAGCAUUUUGCCAGAUAAACUAACCGUUCUUUCAGAAGCAGAUGCCGCGGAGAAGGAUUCCGCUUAUAACUAUCGAGAUGGGCUGAUUUUGGUGCAGCGAGGCAGUGACAAAAAUGGUUCAGAUGCUGUCGGCCCGCACAUAAGGGGGAGCCGCCUGCGUGCGCCGUCGGGUUGUUUCGAGGAAGUAGAUCUUCUGCUUCCAGGCACAGGAAGGCUCCCGAUCCAGCUAGGGGUCAACAUGCCGGCGAGAGCGGAGAAAGAAGAGAAACAAGAAGAAGGCAGCAAAUCACUCCAUCACAUGUAUGAUGUGGUGCUCUACAUAGGGAUCAUUGAUAUUCUGCAGAAGUACAACAUGACAAAGAAGAUUGAGCACGCAUACAAGUCCAUCAAGUAUAAGUAUAACCCCUUGUCAAUAUCUGCAGUUGAACCUCAAUUCUACUCGGAGCGCUUCCUCAAGUUCGUCGGGACGGCCUUCCCACAAAACUCAUCUAAUCAAUAA